GCGGCUCUCGCUUUCUGUUGGGGUGGGGACUAAGGCGAAGCAGCUAUAUAAGGACCCGUUCUCAGGUCUCACUCACUUUCCUUUCGGGUUUCUUAAUUUCUCUAGCCAUGUCUGGUCGCGGCAAAGGCGGGAAGGGCCUGGGCAAGGGCGGCGCCAAGCGCCACCGCAAGGUCCUGCGCGACAACAUCCAGGGCAUCACCAAGCCCGCCAUCCGCCGCCUGGCCCGGCGUGGCGGCGUCAAGCGCAUCUCCGGCCUCAUCUACGAGGAGACCCGCGGGGUGCUGAAGGUGUUCCUGGAGAACGUGAUCCGCGACGCCGUCACCUACACGGAGCACGCCAAGCGCAAGACCGUCACCGCCAUGGACGUGGUCUACGCGCUCAAGCGCCAGGGCCGGAGAGCGGUCUUUAGCAUUCACAUACAGGAAGGGUUCUCUACUAUGGCUCGCACCAAGCAGACUGCCCGCAAGUCCACCGGCGGCAAGGCCCCGCGCAAGCAGCUGGCCACCAAGGCCGCCCGCAAGAGCGCCCCGGCCACCGGCGGCGUGAAGAAGCCGCACCGCUACCGGCCCGGCACCGUGGCGCUGCGCGAGAUCCGGCGCUACCAGAAGUCCACCGAGCUGCUGAUCCGCAAGCUGCCGUUCCAGCGCCUGGUGCGCGAGAUCGCGCAGGACUUCAAGACCGACCUGCGCUUCCAGAGCUCGGCCGUGAUGGCGCUGCAGGAGGCCAGCGAGGCCUACCUGGUGGGUCUGUUCGAGGACACCAACCUCUCGUCACUCGCUACAGCCAUGUCUGGUAGGGGUAAAGGUGGUAAAGGUCUCGGGAAAGGAGGCGCCAAGCGCCACCGCAAGGUCCUGCGCGACAACAUCCAGGGCAUCACCAAGCCCGCCAUCCGCCGCCUGGCCCGGCGUGGCGGCGUCAAGCGCAUCUCCGGCCUCAUCUACGAGGAGACCCGCGGGGUGCUGAAGGUGUUCCUGGAGAACGUGAUCCGCGACGCCGUCACUUACACGGAGCACGCCAAGCGCAAGACCGUCACCGCCAUGGACGUGGUCUACGCGCUCAAGCGCCAGGGCCGCACGCUCUACGGCUUCGGUGGUUAAGCCAUGGCUGCGCUUUUCUCCAUAGUCGCAAAAGGCCCUUUUCAGGGCCACCCACAACCUCUGCAAGGAGCUGUUGCGCUGUCGAUCAGCCGGCUCUAGAUACGGUGAGCGUAAGUCGUCCUGUCAUAGGGCUGUCCGUGAAGGGCAAAAACUUCUAAAGUCUUAAGCGGCCAUUUUAACCUGCAGGCUGCAACCCAGCUCCGGGAAAAAAACACAGGGUCACGAAAACAUGGUCAGACGGUGUUCAGCCCCGCAGCCUGGCCACUGAGCACCCUGACACACCCGUUGGAAAAGCCCCGGGUUGGAAAUUUCCCCGGCUCGCUAAACCAAUGACAUUAGAGGUCGCUUGCUUUUGGCCAAUCCUGUGACGCCAAGGCAUGAAAGCCUCGGCUUGCGUUUUUCACCUUAAGAACGCUUUACCCCAAGCUCGAGCUUGUGCACCGAAUAAACCUGUGUGCAUCGGGA